AUGGAUCUUCCAGACCCAUCACACCCUGAGCUGAUUGCUGCUCCAGCUGCAAUCUCUGCAGACUUCUAUCUUGUAAGAGACCCAAAGCCAGAAUUGCUCAAACCUGCUCUCAAGUUACUUCCCAGCAAAAAUUAUGUUGGAAAUACAUCCCCUCGAGGAUUAACAUCAACAGCGGUUCCUUCAGCAACUGCAUCUGUACUAACAACAACCACAAUGUCAAAUACUGUUAUGGAAUCAACAGGUGAAAUGUCUAUAGGAACAACCAGUAAGAAACUCUCAAGUACAUCUUUGCAGCCAACACAUUCUUCGUUAACAGCAACACUUAAAAGUGAAGGAGCCACAAACAGUGUCAUCACGAAGAUUGAGGUAACUGUCACAAAUGCAACAGUGACAAAGAUUCCACUUUCAAAUGUUUCUUCAACAUUACAAAGUUCCCAACACAAGACUGAGAAUCAGAGUUCAAUCAAAACAGCAGGAACACCAGGUAGUUCUCUACCUCCAGAGGGGUCAACUUCUCAUACCAGUACAUCACCCUCAGUCUCAGUAACAAUGCCAGGAAACAACUCCCAGUUUCAAGGUACUGAAGAUGCAAAAAACGCAAGCUCUUCUUCAGUCAACCCCUCUUACUCCAGUAUUAUUUUGCCAGUGGUGAUUGCUUUGAUUGUAGUGACACUUUCUGCAUUUGUUCUUGUGGGUUUGUAUCGAAUGUGCUGGAAGACAGACCCAGGCACACCAGAAAAUGGAAAUGACCAACCUCAGUCUGAUAAAGAGAGUGUGAAGCUUCUCACUGUUAAGACGAUUUCUCAUGAGUCUGGUGAGCACUCUGCACAAGGAAAAUCCAAGAACUGACAGCUUGAUGAAUCCUUCCCACACCUGGGCAAUAAAUAUGCUUAAUCUUCAGCUUCUGUGCUCCAGGGAUAAGAAGGGAUAUUCAAUUUGUGGACUCAAUCCUGACUUCCAUUCCUGCUCUCCAGUCUGUGCCAGUCACCUGUCCCAAUAAAGUGAUGUCCAGAUGACAUGCAAUAAUUUUAGAGAAUCACAAAGAAGCCUGGGCCUCUCCCGUCAUUUGAGAAGUGAAAAAGCACAUUCUUACAUUUUACAGGAAUAUUCUUAGGAGAUCGAGUUUUAGGAAGGACAUUUGUGAGCAGUUAUCCUGACAGCCUAGGCAGGUGGGUUCAUGAUGACAUGACCUUCGAGUUUAAAGUUUCCAGAGCCAACAGUUCUUAUCCAUGGAGACUUUCCUAUUUUCUUGGUGUUCUUAUAUUACCUGACGUUUGUAUUUAUUGUUUUGUACUAUGUUAAUGCAGGGGCAAUUUGCAAGUGUAUUAUUAAAUUUAGGUAGAAAUCAUGCCAUGCCACUUUGUACAUAAAGAUACUUUAUUUGUAUUUUCAUGUGUUACUUUUAAUAAAUACUUACUAUAUUCAACUCACUAAAAAUAACAUACUGUGACUGUGAAAAUGGCAAUGGUAUUGUCUUCCCAUAAUUAUGAAUAUUUGGGGGCUGAUUAUUUGAAUAUGAGAAUUCACUAAUGAAAGGCAUCUGUAAUAAGUGAGAAAGGAGCAAAGGAUUCACAAAUCAGACUCCAUGAAAGAGAAGUCAGUUUACCAUUUAUUUGGUCUUUCUAUUUGUAAUUCACACUGUGACAAGGCUGUAAGGGGCAUUUAUGACACUCUGUACUGCAUUCAUUAAGAUGAUAACAGGAUUGAGAUUUUUCAUAAUCAA